CUCUCUGCGCCUCCGUUCCGCCUCCUCCCUGCCCAGCCCCACCGCGGCCCGGCCAUCCCCGGCCACCACCGCGCCGUGCGUGCCCUGCACGUGCUCCUCCUCCCUCCGCCCCCAUCUCCGGCGACCACGCGGCCCACGCGCGAAGGCGCGACCUUUUCCCACUGCGGUGCGGGCCGGCCUGGUGUGGUGGCGGCGGUUCUUGGUUUGUUUGCUGCACGGGAGGAUGGACCAUGGCGGCGGCGGGGGCGGUGGUGGGGGUGGGGGGGCGCCGUCGAGCAGUAAUAGUGGUGGAGGGAGCGGGGGUGGCGCGGGAGGCGGUGGGCGUGGAGGUGGCGGCGCUGCGGAGCACCACCCGCACCACCCGUUCUAUUACGCCGGGCCGGCUGCGGCCGCCGCCGCCGCGGCGGCGGCGCAGGCGCAGGCGCAGCAGCAGACGUUCAUGGGCGCGCUCGCGAUAACCCCGGUCGUUGCUGAGCAGCCGCAGGCGUCGUCGGGUGGCGCGGCGGCGGGCGCGGACAAGAAGGUGGUGGCGCCGACAACUCCGGCGGCCGGGACGGUGGCGAAGCGGCCGUCCAAGGACCGGCACACGAAGGUGGACGGGCGGGGGAGGAGGAUACGGAUGCCGGCGCUGUGCGCGGCGAGGGUGUUCCAGCUCACGCGGGAGCUGGGGCACAAGUCCGACGGCGAGACCAUCGAGUGGCUGCUGCAGCAGGCGGAGCCGGCCAUCAUCGCGGCCACCGGGACGGGCACCAUCCCUGCCAACUUCUCCUCCCUCAACAUCUCCAUCCGCUCCGGCGCCGGCGCCGCCUCCGCCUCCAACCCCAACCGCGCCUCCCCUUUCCCGGCGCUCGCUCUCCACCCCCACCACCACCAGGCGGCUGCCCAGCAGCACGACGUGUCGGCCAUGCUCGGCUACCACCACCACCUCCUCCCGCCGCCGCAGCAGCAGGAGCCGUCGCCCCAAGACCCCAACUCCGGCGCCGGCGCCUUCAUGCGGAAGCGCUACAGGGAGGACCUCUUCAAGGAGGACGACGACCGCCAAGAUCCUAACGCGCCCAAGGCCCGCGAGCAGCAGCAGCAGCCGACGACGCCGCAGGCCGCCGCAAUGUGGGCCGUCGCGCCCAACCCCGCGGCGCCCGGCGGCGCGUUCUGGAUGCUGCCCGUUUCCGCCAGCUCCGCCGCCGCCGCGCGGCCGGCCGAGCAGCCCAUGUGGUCCUUCUCCGGCACCGGCGGCUCCGGCACCGUGCAGGCGCCGCUGCAGUUCAUGUCAACGCGGGUCAACUACCCCAGCACCGGCGCCGGCGCAGGCGCCGGAGGCAUGUCGGACACCAACCUCGGCAUGCUCGCCGCUCUCAAUGCGUACAACCGCGGCGGCGCCGGAGACCAGCAGCAGCAGCAGCAACAACCAGAGAUGGACCAACAGCGCGGCGGCGGAGGCGGCAACGACGACGACGGUGACGGCGACGACGACAGCGGCGACGAGGACAACGGCAACAACAACAACAACAGCUCGCAGUAAGCUCGCGACGACCACCUACACCUCUGAAUUCGCCAUGAUCAUUCACAUCUUGGUAAUGGAGCUAGUGGUCACCUAGGGUUUAGAACUUCUUUUGCUGUCUUGUUCAUGGGAUUGCCUGAUGCCACCAUUGGAUUGGGCAAAGGAGGAAGCAAGAAAUGGAUCACUGGUGUCAAAUUUGUGCAAGAAGCAUACCAAAGCAAAGCUAAUGCUGAGCAAGCCAAGAUAAGCCAAUCCAAUCCAAUGCAAUGCAAGAACAAAACUUCUUGCUUGCUAAGUUCAUUAGCCUAGCUUGUUGAUUAAAUUUUUUUGGGGGUAUUGUUUUUUUUUCCUUUCUGUAUUGUUUGUUUUUUUUUUUUUUGGAUUGAUCUAUCAAGAACCAUUUGUCUUGUUGAGAUGGGUUUGAUGAUGAUUAGUAGUGGGUCCAAAUUAGGAGGGCCAAGAAAAAAGGAGUUUGAGAGAGAAGGGGAGGAUUUGUACAGUUGAUCAUCUUGAUUUAUGCUGCUGCACUGUUAAUUAAUUCUAGUUUAUUUUCCA